CCACCCUUUCACUUUAGAACCAACCAAGCAUUACAAUCACACAUAUAAAAAAUAAAACAAGAACACAAAAAAAAAAUGCCUUCUUCUUCCACAACCAUAGUUUCCAAAUGCACAAUCUACCCCGAUCAAAAAUCAUCAAUAAAACCUUUAAAACUCUCUGUUUCUGAUCUCCCAAUGCUUUCAUGUCACUACAUACAAAAAGGUAUUUUACUUUCUACACCCCCUUAUUCCUUUGAAAACCUAAUUUCCACUCUCAAACACUCUCUUUCAAUUUCUCUCUCUCACUUCCCUCCUCUCGCCGGUAGACUCACCACCGAUUCCGACGGUUACGUUUACAUCACCUGUAACGACGCCGGUGUCGAUUUCAUUCACUCCAAAGCCAAACACUUAACACUAAACGCCAUCAUUUCACCUUCUCUUCUCGAUGUUCAUCCUUGCUUCAAAGAAUUCUUCGCUCAUGAUAUGAUGAUUUCUUAUUCCGGUCACAAUAAUCCACUCGCCGCCGUUCAAAUUACCGAACUCGCCGACGGUGUUUUCAUAGGUUGUACUGUUAAUCAUUCCGUAACUGAUGGAACUUCGUUUUGGCACUUCUUUAACACGUUCGCCGCAGUCACUAAAAACGCCGGCGCCGUCAAGAUUUCAAACUUGCCGGAUUUUACAAGAGAUACAAUCUUCAACUCAAACGCCGUUCUACCUAUCCCCGCCGGCGGUCCUACCGUAACGUUCGACGUCAAUGAACCUCUCCGUGAACGCGUCUUCCAUUUCUCUCGUGAAUCCAUUCAGAAACUCAAACAGAAAGCAAACGGUUACAGUAACAGCAACGGUAACGGUUUAUCAGAUCCAACGGAGGAGAUUAAAAAACAAGUAAACGACAGUUGGAAAAACGUUACUUCUUAUGGGAAUGGGAUCGUUAACGGUAAAGGUAACGGUUUAAUAGAUCCAACGGAGGAGAUGAAAAAACAAGUGAACGACGGUUGGAAAAACGUUAAUUCUAACGGUAACAGUAACAGAAGAACAAACGUUAGAAACGAGAUCUCAUCGUUUCAAUCGUUAUGUGCACAGUUAUGGCGUUCUGUGACACGUGCGAGGAAAUUAGAUUUUUCCAAAACCUCGACGUUUCGUAUGGCGGUGAAUUGUCGUCACAGAUUAGAACCAAAGAUGGACGGGUUUUACUUCGGUAACGCGAUUCAAAGCAUCCCAACCGUUGCUUCAGUUAAUGAAAUAAUCACGAAAGAUCUAAGGUUCUGCGCUGAGCUACUUCAUAAAAACGUGGUAGCACACGAUAACGCUACGGUACGCCACGGAGUAGAAGAUUGGGAAAAUGCACCUAGGCUUUUUCCACUUGGAAAUUUCGAUGGUGCUAUGAUAACUAUGGGUAGUUCACCGCGUUUUCCUAUGUACGACAAUGAUUUUGGGUGGGGUAAACCUUUGGUUAUUCGUAGUGGUAAAGCGAAUAAAUUUGAUGGUAAAAUUUCUGCUUUUCCUGGUAGAGAAGGAAAUGGAAGUGUUGAUCUUGAAGUCGUUUUGGCACCUCAAACUAUGGAUGGACUUGAAAACGACAUCGAUUUUAUGCAGUAUGUUACUCAACAAGUAGUGUGAGUGAAACCACAUGUAUGAUCUCGCGGUUAAGUUAUGAUGAUUAUGAGUUGAGGAUGAAACAAACGGCAUACGACAAUAGUGGAUUGGAUUUGGGUGUCGUUUUGAAUUGUUGGGUCAACGUAGGUUCAAAGAUGUGGGGUCAGUGUUUUUAGGGACUGUUUGGUUGGUUUGGUUGACCCUACCAAUAUAGUAGUAAUGAUUUUCUGUACGUGAUUUUCAUUGCUUUUUCACUUUCCAGGUGAUUAAUAACAGGAAGGGAAAGUAAUAAUGAUAUUUGAUAAAUGAAAUUGAAAAUAGAAAAAGAAAAUGUGCUGUUACUUCUUUU